GGCCCAGUUUGAACCCAUGUAUAUUCAAUGGGCUAAAUUCUUUAACCGGUGGGAUGGGCAAUAAUUGUCCCAGUUCUAGCCCGUCCAUCUGACUGCGACCCACCCAUAAACCCCCGCCGUCGUCUACAAAGCUUAAACCUUGAAAACCCUAUUUCUUCUCCCUUUCAGAGAACAGAAAACCUACAGAGACACUAAAAAGUUAAAACCAAAAUAGAAGACAUGGAGGUGGAAACAGAGAUUACGAACAACGUGAUGUGUCUAUUGACGGACCCAGAAGGUACUCCGUUAGGAGCUUCCAUGUAUCUUCCUCAGAUCGCUGGUCCCCAGCAGCUCCAACAAAUCGUUAACAAGCUUCUCAACAACGAGGAGAAAUUACCGUAUGCUUUUUAUAUAUCAGAUCAAGAGCUUCUUGUGGCCCUUGGAACUUACUUAGAGAAGCACAAGGUCUCUGUGGAGAAGGUGCUGUCGAUUGUUUAUCAACCACAAGCUGUUUUCAGAAUUCGUUCUGUGAGUCGUUGUUCAGCUACGAUUGCUGGUCAUACGGAAGCUGUGCUUUCUGUAGCUUUUAGUCCUGAUGGGCGACAAUUGGCAAGUGGUUCAGGUGAUACUACUGUUCGAAUAUGGGACCUCAAUACACAGACACCAAUGUACACAUGCACAGGACACAAGAAUUGGGUUCUUUGUAUAGCAUGGUCACCCGAUGGGAAGCAUCUUGUGAGUGGGAGCAAGUCUGGAGAACUUCGAUGUUGGGAUCCAGAGACAGGAAAGCCAUCAGGCAAUCCACUCACUGGUCACAAGAAAUGGAUUACUGGUAUCUCUUGGGAGCCAAUCCACUUGAAUUCUCCUAGUCGUCGCUUUGUAAGUUCUAGCAAAGACGGGGAUGCGCGCAUAUGGGACAUUACAUUGAGGAAAUGUGUUAUUUGUCUUAGUGGCCAUACACUUGCAGUGACUUGUGUGAAAUGGGGUGGAGAUGGAGUGAUAUACACGGGCUCUCAGGAUUGUACUAUAAAAGUCUGGGAAACUACGCAGGGGAAGUUGAUUCGUGAACUGAAGGGUCAUGGACAUUGGGUUAAUUCCCUUGCACUGAGCACCGAAUAUGUUCUUCGGACGGGAGCUUUUGAUCAUACUGGCAAAGAGUAUUCCUCUCCUGAGGAAAUGAAGAAGGUUGCGCUGGAGAGGUAUAACAAAAUGAAAGGGAAUGCUCCUGAAAGGUUGGUUUCGGGAUCUGAUGAUUUUACCAUGUUCCUUUGGGAACCUGCUGUUAGCAAGCACCCUAAAACUCGCAUGACAGGUCAUCAACAGCUUGUUAACCAUGUUUACUUUUCACCUGAUGGGCAAUGGGUGGCAAGUGCCUCAUUUGAUAAGUCUGUCAAGUUAUGGAAUGGUACGACAGGGAAAUUCGUUGCUGCAUUUCGAGGCCAUGUUGGGCCUGUUUAUCAGAUCAGCUGGUCUGCAGAUAGUCGGCUUCUUUUAAGUGGUAGCAAAGAUUCCACACUGAAGGUUUGGGAUAUCCGGACACGUAAGCUGAAACAAGACCUUCCGGGCCAUGCAGAUGAGGUCUUUGCUGUUGAUUGGAGUCCAGAUGGUGAGAAAGUUGCCUCUGGUGGUAAGGACAGAGUACUGAAGUUAUGGAUGGGCUAAAGUAAUCAAAGUAGACUAAAGGGCAUGCAAUUACAAUCUGGUUUGGAAAAUAUUCACCAACACCAAUCAUUUUGGUUCAGCCUUGAUUUAUCUGUAUGUGCUGGGUGAUAUGAUAAAGUGCCAAGAACAAUAGAAUAAAAUAUCAAUUGCUAGGGUGGUUGGCGGAAAUUGUUCCAUUACAUCAGAAUUGCGAUUUUGACCAUGGGGUUAUGUUGUUUCAUGGAUGAGCAAUUCAGAUUCUAACAUUUUGGUCAUAAUGAUCUGGUUGCAGAUCGUGUCUCUGGAUGUUCUGUUUGUGUUGGAGGUAGCUUGAAUUGGUUAAUGUUUACCAAAGCUGUAUAUCAGCAAGUUAGUGACAUGUCUUAAGAGUGAGUUGGAAAACAAUUGUUUGUCUGUAAAUGUAACAUAAUUGUUGAUGUGCAAUAAAAUAUUUCUUGCAAAAUAGUUUAGGUUCA